AUGACAACUGCUACAGCUACUGCAAGUAUACCUCGGAUACUGUCACUGUCAUCACUAAAGAGCGAUACUUCAAAUGCUGCCAGUGUGGUUGCUACUGGCAACAAAUUAAUAUCUCCUAUUUCCAAUACAGGUACUACUAACACUACUGUUACUACUUCAGCGGUUAACACUAUACCAUCUAUCGAUAAGAAGACAUCAUCAUCAUCAACUGUUGUACCGACUCAUACGGCUUCUUUAUCGCCGAUACUGGCCGGUCCAUUGUUUGGCUCAUCAUCACCCGCACAAUUAUUCAGUAGCGCCGCACAUCCACAAUUACAGAAAGUUCCCCCCACAAUUUCUUCAAGUACGACUUCUAAAAUACAACAACAACAGCCAACCACAACAAUUUCUCAUACGACUGAUAUUACUCCCGCUCCUAUUAUUCAUAGUACGGUUAGUAUGGUUACCGAAACUGUUACUACGACAGCUCCUGUUGCUGCUACUGAUUCUGCUACUGUUGCUUUUCCUACUGCUAUCAUCACUCCGACUACUACAACCAUGGCUGUAUGUUCAGAAUCAUGUCCACGAUUUAAACGAACUUCCUCAGGUUCGAAUGAUACAAUAUAUGAACGGGAUAGAUAUCGAGCAAGAGUAAAAGUAUUAAAUAACCCCGAUGAUUCAACAAAUGAAAAGUGUCAAGAAUGUGAAUCUACAUCAAAUCAACCAGAUCUCGAUUUUAUCAAAACUACUAGACUUAAUAUGGAUUCUGAGUCUCCACUUGUGUCAUCCUCAAUAUUUUAUAAAUCAUUAGCUCAUUAUUCAUAUGAUACAUUUGCAUUCCCGGUUAAAACUAUAACUUUAGAACAAUUGAAAUUUAUAUUUAUGUGGUAUUUUAAUUCACCAUUACCGAAAACAAGUAAGAUGUUUCCUUGGUUACAUGGAUUAAAUCCCGAGAAUUUUGCUCAGAAAUCAUUCUUUUUAUUCCAACAACAGCAAUUAUAUGAUCGAUUAGGUGAGAGUGGCGGAGAAGGCGAAGACGUAUUUAAUGAAUUGAAUUAUUUAUCAAGACCAAAACAUAUCCGAUUCUUGAUGUGUAUUACUAAUGAUAAUCCCAAUUUAAUUAAUUUAAAGAAUACGGUGGGUAUAUCGGAAAUUUUACAUAAAAUAGAUGUAUCAAAAUUAGAAAUUAAAAAUAUAAUUCAAAAAACAAUUCCAAUUGAAUUUUGUGAUAAUGAAGAAUUAAUUGAUUUAUUAGUGAAUGAUUGUGUUAAAUUAAAAGUAUUACCAAUUUUCAAAAAUUUAGAUCCUGAUCGAGGAAUUUCAUUAAGAAAUUUUCAUAUUCAAGUUGCUAAAUUAUCGACAUGUUCUGAUUUUAUUAUCUAUGGUAACACUAAUGUAGAAUCAAUGGCGAGAAUACUUUGGUUAGCACAAAGAAACGAAACCAAAGUGGAUCAAGCUGAUGGGUUAGGAAGUACGGGAGAGGAAUAUAAUGUAUUUAUAUUGAAUGAAGAUCUAACUGAAUUACUCGGAACAAGUGAUGAUUUCAUAUUUUCAGAUGACGGGAUUCAAAUCCCUGGAGUUAAAAGCCCAUUAGCUAAACAGCAUAAUCUCAAAUCAUUAAUUGCAAAUGUCGAUUUCCCAGCCUUGGAAAAGAUCGAAACCUCAAAAAUGUCCUCUGCAACCAAAUUACAUCAGAAUGUAUGGGCAGGAAAUCAAUGGGAUUGGUUAUCCACCACCACGUCAUCUCAUUCCCAGCAUCACAACAAAGUCACAUCUCGUCCACAACCGUCCGAAAUGAAGAAUUUAUACAACAACCCCGACCAUUCACAUGUCAUAACUCAUCCAGAUCUUGAUUCUAGUUCUACUACUUACCCAUUAGUAUCCAAUUGGAACCUAUUCAUUCAUUGUCAUGCCGAUGCGAAAUUCCCAUCAAUGGCAACAUUAUCACAACUCUUGUUUACAUAUUCGAUUACAUCUCAUGACAGGACUCUGGAAUCGGAACGACAUGUAUUAUCAGUUCCACCUUCAGGAUCAUUAGGUAUUGGUGAUUGUAAAUCAGAAACACUCGAAUCUUUGGUGAACACAUGUAAAUUAAUCUAUUUAUAUUCAUCAUCCACUUCCGAUUCGGCUUUAAGUUGCUUGAUAUAUUGUAGUGAUGGAUAUACUGAAUCUUCAUUGUUUGUGUUGUGUUAUUUGAUGUAUUGUUUGAAUUUAAGUUUAGCCGAUGCCAUGUUGAAAUUACAUUUGGAUUAUGGAAGACCGUUUUAUAUCUUUUCUAGUGAUGUUGCUAUAUUGAAGAAAUUAGAACCUAUUUUGAGGAAAUUUAGUCCUGUGGUGAAGAAGAAUAUGAAUUGGGGACUGGUUGAGACUAUUUCAAGUGCAGAUUUGAAUGAUUUAUUAUUAGGCAAGAAGGGGACUGGAGGUAGUCCACUGAGUAUUUGUUCUAAGACUGGGAAAGAUAAAUUGAAAUUAGGAUAUAUUGAAAAUAGUGACGAUGAUGAUGAUAAUAUAGUAGAGGAUCAAGAAGAUAGUAGUGCUACCAGUAGUGAUGAGGAUGGAAGUAGUUCGAAUUAUGAUUCAGAUUUGAAUGAUUUAGAUGGAGGAUCCGGUGGUGGAGCUGAUAUGUCAGAUUGGGUAGAUGAAGUAGAAGGAUCAAUUCCAUCAAAGAUUUUACCUUAUUUAUAUCUCGGAUCAUUAAAACAUGCCCUGUGUGUGACAUUAUUGAAUAAAUUAGGAAUCAAAAAAAUCAUUUCUGUAGGUGAAACUGUUCCAUGGCUUAAUGGAUAUAAAUUCCGUCAACAUAAUGAUAUCAAAGUCACUGAAUUAGAUGAUGGAAAUUUGGAAAUAUUUGAAAUUGCUCCACGACCUGAUCCACCACCUCCUAGUCAACAUCACCAUCAUCAUACUCAUCAUGGCCGGACCAAACCCCGUCGUCAUCAUACUUCAGUGACAACAGUUAUGAAGGUGAAUAAUUUAGAAGAUGAUGGUAUUGAUGAAUUAACCCUUGCAUUACCCCAUGUACUUGAUUUCAUUAAUCAAGAAUACCAAUCCACAAAUGGUCAAACUAAGAUAUUGGUUCAUUGUAGAGUUGGUGUAAGUCGAAGUGCAACUGUUGUAAUUGCGGAAGUUAUGAAACGAUUAAUGGUUAAUUUAUCAAUUGCAUAUCUUUAUGUUAGAGUUAGAAGAUUGAAUAUUAUUAUUCAACCAAAUUUACGAUUUAUGUAUGAAUUAUUUAAAUGGGAAGAACAAGUUAAGAUGAAACAAUUGACAAUUGGUGAAGGGAAAUUUAUUGAUGGAACUCAUUAUUUAAGAGAUAUUGAUUGGUUUAUUAUGUGUAGGGAAAUUAUGAGAUUAAAUGUUCCAUAUUUGAAUAAUUAG